AUGAAAUUGUUGACUGAUUUUUCAGGUAUCUCUUAUCAAGUAGAAGUAAAAACAGGAGAUUUAGUUUACGCAGGGACGGACGCCAACGUUACUCUGAGAAUUUACGGUAGUCUUGGAGACACCGGUCCUUUACAACUAGACCAAUCACUUAAUCAUUCUGAUCCGUUUGAAGGAAACUACACUGAUACUUUUAUAAUUACAGCUCCGGUCAUUGGACAGAUUGAAAGAAUUAAAAUGGAACAUGAUAACUCCGGGCCAGGCCCCGGGUGGUACUUAGGUACAGUAAGUAUUGAUUUGCCAUCUAAAGGUCGACGUUAUGAGUUUGUGUGUAAUCGAUGGUUAUCUAAAUCAGACGAUGAAGGAGCGAUUGAAGAAGAAUUUCAGCCAACUAAUAUCUUGUAUCGAGUAGAAGUAAAAACAGGAGAUGAACCUGCAGCAGAAACAGCUGCAAAUAUUACUCUGAUAAUUUAUGGUACUCGUGGAGACACAGGCCCUUUACAACUAGACCAAUCUCUUGAUCAUUCUGAUCCGUUUCAACGAAACUACACUGAUACUUUCAUACUUACAGCUCCGAUUGAAAAAAUUAAGAUAGGACAUGACAACUCAGGGAUAGGUCCUGGGUGGUACUUAGAUACAGUUACUAUUGAUUUGCCAUCUGAAGGUCGACAUUAUGAAAUUAAAAUAGAACAUGACGACUCCGGCUCUAGUGCUGGGUGGUACUUAGGUACAGUAAGUAUUGAAAUACCAUCUAAAGGUCGACGUUAUGAGUUUGUGUGUAAUCGAUGGUUAUCUAAAUCAGACGAUGAUGGAGCGAUUGAAAGAGAAUUUCAGCUAACUAUGUUUCUAAUGAAAACAUAUAUGAAAUUGUUGACUGGUUUUUCAGAUACCUCGUAUCGAGUAGAAGUAAAAACAGGAGAUGUAGUUUACGCAGGGACCAACGCCAAAGUUACUCUGAGAAUUUAUGGUAGUCGUGGAGACACAGGUCCUUUACAACUAGACCAAUCUCUUAAUCAUUCUGAUCCGUUUAAACGAAACUACAUUGAUACUUUUAUACUUACAGCUCCAGUCAUUGGACAGAUUGAAAGAAUUAAAAUAGAACAUGAUAACUCCGGGCCAGGCCCUGGGUGGUACUUAGGUACAGUAAGUAUUGAUUUGCCAUCUAAAGGUCGACAUUAUGAGUUUGUGUGUAAUCGAUGGUUAUCUAAAUCAGACGAUGAUGGAGCGAUUGAAAGAGAAUUUCAGCUAACUAGUUCAGAAGGUAAUUAUAAAUAA